UGACCGCUCUCUUUGACUGACUCACUCACUCACUCGUUCAUUGGCAAGGGAUCGAACCUAGGUACUUGUGGUCUGUCUCUGAGUCAAAUAUGCUGACGAAACCAGUGCGAAGUUCAGAUUGACUACUUUUUUCACUUAUGAAAGGACCCUGAGUGUUCGUGGUUAGUGGUUGGAUCCCUUGGUUUCUCUUGGUUUAUCUCGCUUUGUUUCCUCAUUCGAUUGGACGAUUCUCGUGAUUCUUCCGUCAAGUAUCGAUUUAUUCAAACCCAAGUGCCGUCUCCGAGUUGUGUGACACUUCCUUCGUGCAGUUCCUGCGUGUCAAUCCGAGGUGAAAGGCGGAUUUCUGUCUUUCUUUCUUUCGAUGAGGGACUUCCUGGACCCCACUCAACUCUCUUCGGACGAUUCGGUGAAUUACGCUAACGAGACCAUGACGGAGAGUGAGGACCUUUUGAGCCAAAUCUCCAAUGACUUGGGGCUACCCGAUUUCAUGGAGAACCACUUAUUUUCCAAUGAUCUUCUUCACACUCCUAGCCUCGGCGAGGAUGUUCAUAAUCCAGAUAUCUCGCUCUUCAGUGAACUCAUGCAGGAUGACAUGAGCCUUACUGACUCUUCAAGCCUGAAGAGUGAGCCUCUCUCGCCUUCCUCGCCUUCAUCUUCAUCCUGCUCAUCCACAAAUCAUCAUCACAUGCCUCCGUCUCCUUCAAAUUCGGAUCAUUCCGAGAAAGAUUUGUCUAUGAAAGUGUUCACAACUCGAACCAGCGAUACGCCCAGAAUUGUGGGACAAUACAGCCCUCUCAAGACUAAUUCCAACGCCAAUUUCAUCCUUUCGCCGCCACAUUCACCGCCAGAGAAUUGCAUCAGUACCACCACACCCAAUUGGCAGCCCAUGAUACAAGUUGUCAGUACUUCUGGGAACUUUGUCUCAAAUCAUAACCAGGCUCCAACAAUCAUGACCAUGACGGGGUUGACCAAUGUUAAAUUACCCAUUCCAAAAGUUCAAAGGCCAGUAGCAGCCCAAACGCCCAAUGUGACCAAGUCCCCUGUGGUAUUGACCAGUUCUCAGUUCACGCAAUUAACGGAAACAGGAGUGAUUCACUUGAGUGGCAAUUCGUCCAACCCGGGAUUGCGAAAUUCCACUGAUGGCACGCCCAUCUUCAUCAAGACGGAGCCUAUUCUAAGCACAAACACACCCAUUGUGACGGCCUCCUGCAAUUUCUCUCCAUCCCAAUCUUUGACCUUGACCUUGCCGACCACAACUCCAAAUCCAACGUCCCAGUCCCAUCAUAAUGACGUUGAGCUCAAGGCGUUGAAAAGGCAACAGCGUAUGAUCAAAAAUCGAGAGUCCGCAUGUAUGUCGAGGAAGAAGAAGAAGGAAUAUGUCACUAACCUGGAGGAUCAACUGAAGCUACUCGCGCAUGAAAACCGAGAUCUCAAGACCGAGAACGAGCAACUCCGAUCCAAGCUCAGGGAGUUGGAGUCUGAGAAAACCAUUUGGAUGGACACGGUUCUCACCAGUCCCAAUCUAAAGAAGGGCACCGCCUUGUUCGCCCUUCUCUUCAUGGUGUCACUCAAUGUGUCUUCUCUCAGUGGCCUUUAUUCGCAAUCAACUUCUCCCUUGUCACCCAUGCCAAACCCUGAACUGCCAGUUCUAAAAUCCAAUGCCGGACUCAAGCAAAACUUGGCCGCUGUUGGGGGCCGAUCUUUACUCUGGGCUCAAGAGGAUCUCAGUGAAGACAACAUCACGAAAGCUUCUCCAAUUUGCCCCAUGUUCAUCAACCAGACAGAAUCGUUACGUUUGGACAACCAGCUUCGUGGUUGGUUCACGGAAGAUCCAACCAAUGAUGCGAAGAAACCUGCAGCAGAGCAACAUCAUUCUGGCACUUUCGGAGAAAUCCUGCCGUCCAAAGAACAAGCACCUCAAAACGCUGAAACCUCCCUAGGUCACGUUCAACCCGUCGCUUCGGGUCUGAGCGGGCGGGUUUAUCACAUGAUGCUAACAGAAGAGGCCAAAGUUUCACAACGACCAACUCCAACUAGUUCCAAUGUCAUGACCCCACGUGGCAAAGCUGAAAUAACCAUCUACGAUUCAGAUACCCCAAGGUUCAGCUACGAAUCGUUUUUUGAAGCCAUUGACCGUCGUUCAGACACGUUUUAUGUUGUCUCCUUCUCCGGUGACCAUCUUCUGCUUCCUGCAACCUCUCAUAAUCAGACCAAUAGGCCUCGAAUGUCGCUUCUCUUGCCUACGGUGGCUGUGCCUAUGAAUGAAUCGAUGCAACCGCCUUUGAAUCAUGUGGCAAUGAUGCAGAUCGAUUGCGAGGUUAUGAAUACGAAGUUACUUCAUAUUCGAGAGGAUGCUGUUCCCGUUCAUAUGUCAGCUCACUUAAAGAAUGCAUCCAUUCAACGCAAUGGUUCGUUAGACGCUGAAGAGGACGACGACGCUCAUGCAUUUAAUGUCGACCAAGAGAUCCACAGCAACGCAUCCCUUCAUCACAUAGAUGACCAAUUUGAAGCCAAUAACGCCUUGACUGAGGAUGAUUACAAAUUGCGACCUCUUCGCAAGAAGCGUGGUGCUAAAUCUGGAAAGUCGUCGAGUUCAAGUGGUCAUCAAACGCCACUCUAUCGACGUAAAAGAGCGGGGGGCUUCCGAUAAAGAAGUCUCGAAUAAACUGGCAGAAGUGCAGUAAAUAAAAUCGAUGGAACUAGUCGCCAAAGAUCAUUGUUGGGAGAAACCACAAAGUUAUUAGAAUAUAUGUACAUGUUUUUCUAUUCUUACAUAUGAUCUAUUGUAAUGUCAGUACGUGCAUUUACACAAACGGUCGUCAUGCAUUCUCACUUCUCGAAUCACAUUCUGGAUUUCGGAAAAAAAAAUCGUUUAUUUAUUUCAAGCACUCCCGUCACUUUUAAAUUUACAAUCAUGAAAUAAAUCAAAACUUCCCAUU